AUGAUUAAUUUGGAAAAUUUUGAUCAAAUAAAAUUCAAAAAUCCCAUUCUUGAUAGUCCACGGUCAAUUUAAGCUUGUCGAUUAAUUGGAAUCCUGCCUUAAGAAUUAAUUUAGAUAACUUUGUAAGAAUUAAAGCAAAGACGACCAGAUUUGAAACUGGACAAGCAAGAUUGGUAAAAAUUCUGGGAACAUUAAGAAAUAAAAAGAUAAUAAAAAUUAGAAGCUUGUAUUGAGACCAGAUAACAAAUUAUUUAAGCAGGCAACAUGUAAGGAAAUUAUAAUGACGAUCAAAACUUUAAGGAUUCGAGAAUUUCAGAGCAACAGAGCAAUGUAAUUGAGAGAGAGAAAAAGGAAUUGGAGAAGAUGAAAUAGAGACAAUAAAAAGAAAUAGAUUAAAUGUUGGAAUAUGAAAGAAGGAUGUAAGAAAUUAGAUUGAGGAAUGAGGAGAAAUAAAAAAUAUAGAUGGACAAAUAAAUGAGAAGAGAGUAGGAAUUGUUGGAAAAAAGAGCAUAGUAAGAAUAUGAGAAACAAAUGAGAGAGGAAGAGAAAAAAAAGAAAUAAUAAGAUGAGGAAAGACAGUAAAGGUAAUUGGCCAGUGAACAUUUCAGAAGAGAAUAGGAAAGAGCUAAAAUGGAAUUGGAAAAACAAGUCUAAUUAAAAAUGGAAGCAAAAAGGAAGGAAGAAGAAAGAAGAUUAAAAUAAUUGCAAUUCUAGUAAUAAACGCAAUAAAUUUAAUAAUAAUAUGAAGAGGAAAUGUAGAAGAAAAGAAUGAUCAUGUAAUAAAAAGAAGUUGAACGACUUCAAACUAUUGAGAUUUAGAGAUAAUAAAGAAUUUAAGAAUCACAACAAGCUUAACAAGAGUUGGCUAUUAAGUUGGUAAAUGCAAGAGUCAAAUAGGAGGAUCAAUUGAAUAAUAUGAAGAAGUCAUUCGAUUUGAAGUAAUAAAGAAUUGAGUAGAGAAGAAGAGAAUUUGAAGAGAUGAAAAUGCAGAAAAUGUAUGAAAAUCAGAUACAGGCUUUGUAACAUCAAGAGAAAAUAAAGGAAGUGAUGGAAAAGAAUUAGUUUCAAGAGGAAAAAAAGAAAUAUGAUUAUUUUCAUAAACUCUAAGAAGUUGAAUAAAGAAAGGAAGAGUUAGAAAGGUUGAAGUAAUAGGAAUUAAUUUCCAGGAAAUAAUAAAUAUAUGAAAAAGAAUUAUAAAGAUAAUAGGUCUUAUAAAAUAAUGAGAAAUAAUUGGAAUUAAAGACCAAUGAUUUUCUAAGGAAAUUCUAAGAAAAGGAAUAAUUAAUUUACGAGAAAUAAUUUGAAAAAUAAUAAAUCUAACAUGAGUAAAAAGUAAAGGAACUUUUAAAAGAAUAGGAUAAGAAGGAAGCAUUAGAAAGAAUUAUGAGAUUGUAAGAAUACGAGAAGGAAUUACAAAGAUAAAAAUUAUAAGACAAAAUGAGGAGAGCCGAAAUUUUAUAAUUGGAGAAAAACUAAAUGUUAGAGCAAAGAAUGUUAAUCAAAAAAGAGAUUGGAUUUCAAAAAUAAGAAUUAAUGUAGAAAUUAGAGUUGGUCAAAUUAGGAAAAUUGGAUCCCUCUGCUUUAAAUCCUGAUGGCAAUAGCAUUCGAGCAUCAAGUAGUUUGCAAAACAGUUAUCAUAACAUUAGACCAUCAACUGCCAAAUAUUAAAAUACUUUAUCGAACAAAGAUAUGCGUCACAAUGUUAGACCUAAAUCUUAGUAAUAAAAAAUAUUAACGAAUUCUUCAAAUACUUAAUAAGGUUCUCAAAACUAAGGAAAGUUUAACAUAUCAAAUAAAUACGAAAAUUAAUUAGAUCAAUUAAAGGUUCGAUAAAACUAAGAAAUGAUAGAUGUGUUAGAAGAAGAAUAGCAAUUAGAAUUUGAAAGAGAAUAAGCUAUGGCUAAUGCAAAAAAUCCAGAAGAAUAAAAGAGACUUGAGAAACUAUUUCAGAUAGAAAGAAAUAAAACUAACUAAAGACUUGAUUAAAUUAAGCGAGAGCAUUAGAGAUAAUUGGAGGAAUUUAGAAAUUAAGGUUGA